AUGCCGCCUGAUCACAAUGACAUGGAAGAGGAUGCCGUCCGGAGAAACUACAUCGGCCCUCACUCCGGAAGACACCCCAUUCCCACUGUUCAGGGCUAUCGGGAACAUCGAAAGGAGCUCGACAACAGAACCGAGCAGGAGGAGGCAGCACAGCAUGAACCUGCUGAUGACUCGAGGCCACGGCGUGCAUACAAUUCCGUGAAAGCUAUUUUCAAGGACGAAGACACCCCAAAGUCACACCACCAGACCUAUCCAUCCACCAACCGGAACUAUGCUACGCCACCAGACCAGGAUAGCCGAGACUUUGCUCGGCAAUCCGGCCAGCCCGAAUAUCAGGCACAGGAACCGGGGCAAUCAUCUCCGGAAUCGCCGCAGAAGCCUUCAAGGAAAGAUGACGGCAAUAACCAAGAAAAGACUGGGACUGAAGUGGCUGCCAGCACCAUCGAUCCCAAGGAGAAGCGGAAAGCCAUGAAAAAGGCCAAACGCCACGGAGGAGGGCGCGAGGUUACCGAUCCAGUCACUCAUUUGCCCAUCAUCAUUCACGAUCAAACAGACAAGGACCUCAAAUCAACACCGGAGAAUAUCGCAGAGCCUGGCACAACUCAUGCUACCGCGACUGGGCCGCAAAACGCCUCCAAGUCGGACGAGGAUCUCGAUCGGGAGCAAGCCUAUCUCCAAAGAGGAUUCAAUGGUUCGCAGAGACUCUUUCCAAGCCCUGACUUCGAGAGCUUGCGCAAAGAACUAGCCAACAUCUAUCAAAAGGCCGUAUAUUGGGGCCUUGCAAUCACUGGAGGCUUCGGCGCCCUGAUGUUCAUGCUUCCGGCGCUGAAUGGUCGUCUGUAUCCCCAAUUCUCCACGGUGCUCCGCUUUCUGGGCUUUGUGGCUGUGGCCGGCGGAACAGCCAUUGGAAUGGGUCAUUGGGUUAACAAGAAAGUCGAAGAGGCAUUUGAGGAUGAGACUUGGGAUGCCGCUCGAGUUCAAGAGGAGGAAGCACUCGAUUCGGAUACGGAGCUCCCAGAAUCUGUGCAAUGGCUAAAUCGCCUCUUUGCUUCCAUUUGGCCACUGGUGAAUCCAGAUCUGUUUUCCUCCCUGAUUGACAUGAUCGAGGACGUCAUGCAGGCCUCAUUGCCCAAAGUCAUCAAAAUGGUAAGCGUCGACGACAUGGGUCAGGGCAACGAAUCCAUUCGGAUACUGGGCGUUCGAUGGCUACCGACUGGUGCUGCUGGUAAGACAGUCGACUCGGACGGAAAGCUGGAGAAUCCGAACAAAAAGUCACAAAGCGACCGAACAGACCCCCAGAAUGAACAGGAGGAUGACAACGACGAUAAACCCAACAAUGAUAAGAAUGAUGGCGGCCACGAUGAGACCAAGCAACAGGAGCAAGAAGAGGUUGCCAUCCGCGAAGGAAUGGAGGCAGAGGAGGGUGACUUCAUCAACUUGGAAUUGGCAUUCUCAUACCGAGCUCGGUCUUCUGGAAAGUCAAUCGCAUCCAAGGCCAAGAGCGCACACAUGUAUCUAAAGUUCUAUCUUCCUGGAGGUGUGGCGGUUCCGGUCUGGGUCGAGCUGCGCGGAAUAGUUGGAGUUAUGCGUCUAAGGUUGCAGCUUACGCCCGAUCCACCGUUCAUCAGUCUCUGCACCUUGACAUUCCUGGGACAGCCCAAGGCUUCGUUAUCUUGCGUACCCCUGUCGAAACACAGUCUCAACCUCAUGGAUGUGCCAUUGAUAUCUUCGUUCGUUCAGUCCGCGAUUGAUGCUGCACUGGCAGAAUACGUGGCACCCAAGAGUUUGACCUUGAAUCUCAAGGACAUGUUGGUCGGAGAUGACUUCAAGAAGGACACCAUCAGUCGCGGCGUUGUUUUGGUUUUCAUCAAGAAAGCUAGCGGUUUCAAGCAAGGCGAUGGAGGUAUUGGACCUAUGCAGGGAGCAAGUGACGCCUAUGUCACAGUUUCCUGGGGAAAGUUUGGCAAACCAGUGGCUUCUACCCGAGUCAUCAUGAAUUCACAGAAUCCAGACUGGCACGAAUAUUCUACGAUACUGGUCUCACCUGAGGAAUUGAAUGCCGAGGAGAAACUACGCGUGCAAUUGUGGGACUCUGACAAGUACACUGCAGAUGAUGAUCUUGGUCGAGUCGAGUUGGACUUGAAGUCUCUCAUCAAUAAUCCAGAAUCCCACAACCAAGUUCAGAAACGUGAAGAUCGCUUCACAGGGCAAGACCCGGAUGAGAAAAUGGCAGGUUCUUUGACUUGGAGUGUCGGUUAUUUCUCCAAGACCAGGAUUCAGCAAUACCAGCUCGAGAAACAGACGGUAGAUGAGAAUAUCAGGUCAAAAGAGCAGCUCAAGAAGCACGUCUCGGAACUUUCAGCUCACAAGUUGAGGGAGGCAGGAAAAGCUCCCGACGACGACGAGCUGCACCAACAAAACGCUCAAGACUACAGGGAGUUGGAGGAUGCCAUGAUCAUCUCAGCGCCACCAUCGGACGACUUUCCCUCAGGAAUUCUCAGUGUCCAAAUUCACAACAUCACUGGACUUGAAAUCUCCAAGCUGAGAAGGAAGGACAACACUGGCAAAGGGAAGGAGGAUAAUGAGGAGGAAGAAUCAGAACAUCAUGACGACAUGCCCGACAGCUACUGCACCGUCAUUCUCAACCAUAAGAAGAUCUACAAAACGCGCACCAAGCCAAAGAACUCAAAGCCAUUCUUCAACGCAGGAACAGAACGGUUCAUCCGUGACUGGCGAACUACUGAAGUCAUUGUCAGCGUUCGGGAUGCCCGAGAACGUGAAGACGAUCCGCUCAUUGGCAUGGUAUAUCUGCCCAUUGCAAAGAUCUUCAAGGAGAGAAGCCAAGUGAUGGAGAAUUAUCCGCUUGUCGGAGGUAUUGGAUACGGCCGAGCUCGGAUCAGCAUGGUUUGGCGUAGCGUGGAGGCGAAGCUGCCACGAAAUCUUCUCGGGUGGGACUAUGGAACCCUGGAAAUCAGAGGUGCGAUCAAGGCGAAAUCGGGGCUCUCGGAAGACAUCUGCAACAACAGACUCAAGGCCAGAACCAACAUGGGCAAGCAUAAAUAUGAAGCUGCGGGCAACUUCUGGAAACCUAAAGGCAGGGACGAGAAUGAAAGCUCCUUCCUUGCCGUUCGCAAGAGAUAUGCAUCACCACUGGUGAUCGAAUUCCGUUCAUCCAGCGUUGGCCCCGACAAGACACCGGCUUUUGCCGUGCUCUGGCUCCAGGAACUAGUUGAUGAGGAAGACGAGGUCCGCACAUUGAAGGUGUGGAAGGGUGGAAAGAAGAACUUGAGGAGAGCUUCAUCAUGUUACGGUUACCAAGGUCUCGAGGAAAACGAGCAACCACUGGGUGAAAUUGAAGUUCCGCUCAAGUUCUGGCGUGGCCUAUCCGGAUUCCACAAGGGUUACGCCGCUAAAGCCAAGAAUGGAGAUAUGCGCCAAGUCAUGGAGUGCUUGGACACGGUCACAGACGAGAGCCUACAGGGUGAAGGCGACUUUGAUGAUUCGGAUGGCGGUGACUCUGACUCGGAUUCGGACAAUGAUAGCCAGGCCAAGAAGAAGCUCAAGGUCCACACCAAUGACUCCUCGUCCGAGUCAUCUUCCGAUGAAGACGAGGGUCAUUCGCGAUCUUCAUCAACGGUUUCUCUCAGCGGUUUGAAAAAGGCCAAGAAUAUUCUCCGUAACCCGAUUGAAGGAACGAUCGACACCGCCACCUCUGUACUGGCUCCUGGUCACAAUGAUGCGGACGACGGCUCACGAGGCAUUAGAAACCAGCUGCGAGACUACAAGGACCACCACAAACAAUUACAUCGCAAGCACAGGGGCAUCAUGCAGUGGCGCGCUGCCCGCGAAAUUGAUCACCUUGGAGGAAAGAUGAGCCGAGUUAAGGGCAGUUUGGAAAAGGUGUUUUCUCAUUCGGAAAAGGAUACUGGCAUUGAAACGGAAGUGUAA